CAUUUGUUCACUAACGCACAGCUUUCACCUAUCUGUAUCACUAUGCCCACGGUUGCAAAGCUUGUACCAGAGGAGACUGUAUUCUUCCUCUGCGACGUGCAAACACGGUUCAAGAAUGCCAUCUUCGGCUUUGACGAGCUUGUAUUGGCGAUCAGUAAGAUUCUCAAGAUAGCAAAGGUGUUGGAUAUCCCCGUGGUCGUCACGGAACAGAACCCCAAAGCCCUUGGGAAUACCAUCCCCGAUAUCGAUUUACCUUCCCUGGGGCCCCUUCUCCUUGCUACCAUCGAGAAAGGGCUCUUUUCCAUGGCGACGCCGGAAGUGAAGGCCCUACUCCAUGAACGCCCACAGAUAAAAUCUGUGGUGCUUUUUGGCAUCGAGUCACAUGUCUGCGUGUUGCAAUCUGCUCUGGAUUUUAUCGAGGCAGGAUAUAAUGUCCACGUGAUAGCAGAUGGUGUCUCUAGCUGUAAUAAAGAAGAGAUCCCCUUUGCCCUGGCGCGGAUUCGACAGAGUGGUGGAUACAUCACUACAAGCGAGAGUGCAGCCUUUCAACUGCAACGAGAUGCUGGUGCUCCCGGGUUCAAAUCGUUCUCAAACAUCGUCAAGGAAGAGAAGGAUAACACGGUAAGAACGUUGCAGAAGCUGUUACAAUACCGUGCUGUAUUGUAGACUAUAAUUUCCCUGCAGUUGUUUGCCAUGAUUGUGUAUCAAAUCUCCCCACUUGAGAGAGGAGAACUUUACCCAGUCGACGACCAAGACAAGAGUG